AUGCAAAUGAACGCGAGACGGCGGGAAAAGCGCUUUCAUCCCGACUUCCGCAAUCGGACCAAGAGAGCAGAGCUACAGGGGGCGGUGCCAGGAGGAAGAGGCGGAGCCUGGCCGAAAGGAAGGGAGGAAGGCCCACACGGAAUUACAGACGCGACGGGAAAACUUUUUCGAUUCGGUUGCUCAUGCGCCCUGAUGCAGGAGGACCGAGGAUGGCGGCAGAUGCAGGAAAGAGGCGCCGCCCGAGAGGAGGAGGAGGAGAAGAGCGGGCUCCGCGGAGCAGCCCUGUCUGGUCCCAGCGCGGCUUCCCCAGGAGACGGCGGGGAAAGGCCGGGGGGCUCCGGGGCCGCAGGAGGGAUGAGCCCAGGAGGAGCCCGGGAAAGGCGGCUGCCUGGAGGGCGAUGCGAAGACCCCGAGACGGGCCUGGAGGGCAGAGGCUCCUUCGGAAGACCCCCAAAGCCCCGAAGGAUCCAGGAGGAAGCAAAGGAACAUCAGUGCCCAGAAUGUCAAAAAUCCUUCAAAAGAAAGGACAAUCUUCAAAGCCACCUCAUUAUCCACACAGGAGAGAAACCUUAUACAUGCUUUCAAUGUGGAAGGAGCUUCAGUGAUAGGAGCAGCCUUCAUACGCAUAGAAGAAUCCACACAGGAGAAAAACCUUACAAAUGCUUUGAGUGUGGAAAGAGCUUCAGUCAUAGCAGCAGCCUUCAUACACAUAGAAGAAUCCACACAGGAGAAAAACCUCAUAAGUGCCUGGAGUGUGGAAAGAACUUCAGUUGGAGGGGAAAUCUUUAUAGACAUCAAAGGAUCCACACAGCAGAAAAACCUCAUAAAUGCCUAGAAUGUGGAAAGCGCUUCAGUCAGUUGGGAAACCUUUAUAGACAUCAAAGGAUCCACUGGGUAGAUAAACCGAAUAAGUGUCUGGAGGGCAGUGGGUCCUUCCGAAGACCAGGGAGUCCCCAAAGGAUCCAGGAGGGAGAAGAGAAAUAUCAGUGCCUGGAGUGUGAAAAAUCCUUCAGAAGAAAAGAUUUGCUUAAAGGCCAUCUAAAAAUCCACACAAGAGAAAAGCCUUAUAAAUGCUUUGAGUGUGGAAGGAGCUUCAGUGAUAGAAGCAGCCUUUAUACGCAUAGAAGAAUCCACACAGGAGAAAAACCUUAUAAAUGCUUUGAGUGUGGAAAGAGCUUCAGUUAUAGCAGCAGCCUUCAUACGCAUAGAAGAAUCCACACAGGAGAAAAACCUUAUAAGUGCCUGGAGUGUGGAAAGAACUUUGGUCGUAGCAGCAAUCUUUAUAGACAUCAAAGGAUCCAUUCUGGAGAGAAACCAUACCAAUGCCUGGAGUGUGGAAAUUGCUUCAGUUGGAGGAGCAGACUUGAUAAACAUCAAAGACUCCAUUUGAAGAAAUUCCUGGAGGGUGGAGGAUCCUGCGGAAGACCCCAAAAGCCCCGAAGGAUCCAGGAGGGAGGGAGGAAACAUCAGUGCCCGGAAUGCAAAAAAUCCUUCAAAAGAAACGACCAUCUGGAAAGCCAUCUAACAAUCCACUCAGGAGAAAAACCUUAUAAGUGCAUGGAGUGUGGAAAGAGCUUCAGUUGGAGGGGAAAUCUUUAUAGACAUCAAAGGAUCCACACAGCAGAAAAACCUCAUAAAUGCCUAGAAUGUGGAAAGUGCUUCAGUCAGUUGGGAAACCUUUAUAGACAUCAAAGGAUCCACUGGGUAGAUAAACCGAAUAAGUGUCUGGAGGGCAGUGGGUCCUUCCGAAGACCAGGGAGUCCCCAAAGGAUCCAGGAGGGAGAAGAGAAAUAUCAGUGCCUGGAGUGUGAAAAAUCCUUCAGAAGAAAAGAUUUGCUUAAAGGCCAUCUAAAAAUCCACACAAGAGAAAAGCCUUAUAAAUGCUUUGAGUGUGGAAGGAGCUUCAGUGAUAGAAGCAGCAGCCUUUAUACGCAUAGAAGAAUCCACACAGGAGAAAAACCUUAUAAAUGCUUUGAGUGUGGAAAGAGCUUCAGUUAUAGCAGCAGCCUUCAUACGCAUAGAAGAAUCCACACAGGAGAAAAACCUUAUAAGUGCCUGGAGUGUGGAAAGAACUUUGGUCGUAGCAGCAAUCUUUAUAGACAUCAAAGGAUCCAUUCUGGAGAGAAACCAUACCAAUGCCUGGAGUGUGGAAAUUGCUUCAGUUUGAGGAGCAGCCUUGAUAAACAUCAAAGAUUCCAUUUGAAGAAAUUCCUGGAGGGUGGAGGGUCCUUCGGAAGACCCCGAAAGCCCCAGAGGAUCCAGGAGGGAGGAAGGAAACAUCAGUGCCCAGAAUGCAAAAAAUCCUUCAAAAGAACCGGCCUUCUGGAAAGCCAUCUAAGAAUCCACUCAGGAGAAAAACCUCAUAAGUGCCUGGAGUGUGGAAAGAGCUUCAGUUGGAGGAGCAGCCUUUAUAGACAUCAAAGGAUCCAUUCUGGAGAGAAACCUCAUAAGUGCCCGGAGUGUGGAAAGGGCUUCAGUCAGCUGGGAAACCUUUGUAGACAUCAAAGGAUCCACUGGGGAGAGAAACCGAAUAAGUGUCUGGAGGGCGGUGGGUUCUCCCAAAGACCAGGGAGUCCCCAAAGGAUCCAGGAGGGAGAAGAGAAAUAUCAGUGUCUGGAGUGUGAAAAAUCCUUCAGAAGAAAAGAAUUGCUUAAAGGCCAUGUAAAAAUCCACACAGGAGAAAAACCUUAUAAGUGCCUGGAAUGUGGAAAGAACUUUGGUCGUAGCAGCAAUCUUUAUAGACAUCAAAGGAUCCAUUUACAAAAACAGUACUAAUGCAGGUAAUGUGAAAAAUCCUUCAAAAGAAAGGCAUCCUAGAUCCACUCAAGAAAGAAUCCAUAUGAAUGCCUGGAGUGAGGAAAGAGCUUCAAUCAGUUGGGAAACCUUCACAUACUUUGAUACACAUCAAAGAAUCCACUUAGGGAGAGAAACCGUCAGCCCCGACGAUUCCGUUAAAACUGCGAAACAGUGACAAUCAGCUGUCUCGUUCUGAAAACUUCCCUUUCGGACGAAGAGGGGGAAAUGAGCAUUUGGGCGGCGGUAAAGCUCCCCUAGAGCCCCAGGGGAUAGAAUCUGGGGCACGAAGGCUGAGAGCUCCCUAGGAGCCCGAAUUAACUCCGGAUCCGGGGACUCUUCUGCUUUAAAGCAGGAAAAGACGCUGCAACCAUCCCUGCAAACAAUGAUUGACAUAGAAAGAAACAGAAAGCAGGCAGAGCGGAGACGGGAGUAAUUAAAAUAGCAAGUAUUGGACUUUAACUCUUUAACCCAGAAGUUUCUAAACAAAAUGGGGAAAAGUGUAUUCUGAAAUCAUUUUGAUCUUCUUAAUCGUUUGCCCUGCCACAAUGUAGGUGUUGCACAACAACAACAAAAUGUGUUUUAACAUUUGCAAACUGCCAGGAGUCUCCGGGGAUCAGGUGGUCAGUAAAUUUAAAUCAUAAUUAUUAUAAUACAGGGAAGGAUCACUAUAUUCAAUGCUUCUUUGAGGCUGGCAAUAGCGAUUGCGACCUCGCCUGCCCUUCCUUCCAGCGGGGAUAGAAAGCGGGUUAUGAUGCCAGGCGGCCAGGAGCACCUGGAUUGGGAGUGCUGGGCAGUGGUGGGAUUCAAAAAUUUUUACUACCGGUUCUGUGGGUGUGGCUUUGUGGUCAUGUGGCUGGCUGGACGUGGCCAACUUGACAUCAGUCAGGUCAAAGGACGCCUUGCCUAACCUCGCCUGCCCUGAAACGUCCUCAACAAGAUACAAUUACAUAAUAUAUGUUGUGGCUCCGUUACCUGAGCCUGUGUCAUCGACAGGAGAGGACUCCGAGAGUGAAGGUGAGUUGGCAAGGCCUCCCUCUCCAGGACCCUCCUCUUUGGCAAUGCCUUCGGUGUCCGCCGAAGGGCAAGAGAUAGGGCUGGGGCCAAGCACGUCCACGCAGCCACAGGUGGACAGUGAUGAGAGUAAUGAGUCUUGGCUGGAUCCUUGACAGCGUCGCAGAGAUAAGCGCGUGCAACAGAAGAAAAGGCGUGCCCGAGAUUAGGCUAAGUCACUGGACCACACCCCACAGGGUAUAAAAGGGAGCGUGGUGGCUAGUCAAACGUUGUGACGAACAAAGCUGAAAGCUUCCACGCCAUUCUGCAUUGCCGGACUUUUGCUAUAGGCUUUGCUGGAUUAUAUUUGGACUUGAUUUAUUCUGUAAUUAUUGAACAUUUUACUUUGAUGUACCAGAAGCAGAAAGAAGUUAUCUUUUCCCUUUGUGAGUAAUAAACUCUUGGCAGGCAGCCACUAGGUUGCUGCCAAGUUCCGUUAUCAUAAGGAAAAGGAUUUUGUCGGCUGGUUCGGUUUUUAACGCUUUGACCCCUGUUGGUGUGUGUGUGUGUGGGACGG